CAUGCGUAUGACGGACGCCCUCUAACGAAAUGCUGAAGGAAAUCAGCAAUUGCCAAACGUGUUCAUAAAUAGUCAAAAAGCCCGACGUAAUUACUUGUAUUGUUUCCAUUAUUAAUUGUGGAUUUACAGCAUAAAUUACACCCCUUAAACUGGUGUUGAAGGGUUAAACUUGUCAUCAUGAAAUAAUGCACUGUCGCAAACGCGAACGACCCGGAAUACGGCAAGAUGGAACACGUUGAGUGGUGCGGUUGAUGGUCCACGGAUUCUACCAAAUAUGAAGAAAUUGUGCAAUUGUGUCACACUUUUCAGAUAAGUAGUGAAGGGAAACUAUAUCAAUGAAGUUUGGUCAGUUGCUCGACUGGCAGCUGGAUAAGAAUUGGAUAUGUUUUUGGCAGUUCGCAAAAAUAAUUUGUUCAUCUGUGUGAGAGGGCACAUACCUAGCCUCAACUGUAGUAAUGUUGCUGCCAUUCGAUGCCCAAAAGUGUGGAAGGGUGCGGCAUGGUGUCAAAAAACACCCUCGAAGACGACCAGAACAGAGCUGAAUUGGCACCAGCGUUUAAAACAAAAAGUUUGCUCUCUUGGACAAUGGCCCAGGUUGGCGCACAAUGGCAGACUGCAUGACCGUAAGUCAACUUUCAACGCCGAGGUUAUUAGUGGUCACUGCCUGGGCCACCCUCAGCCUGUCUCAUUUACACCGCUGCCAAAAAAUCAGGAAAGUUGUUUAGUAUUAAACGAAAGGACAAAUAAUCUCACGCCUUCGAUCUGGCGGUCCAAACCUCCAGCGUGUAACUAUAACCUUCAAGUUUUCGAUUCCACUCGUGUUUUAAGAGUCCGAGUUCCGCUUGCAAGUUUAUCCGUUCACUCUGGAGUAAGAGGUUUUUGUUGCCCCAGUCCAAAGAAACACCUUUCGGGCGAAGAGCCGAGCUCAUUGCCACAGGAUUUAAGGGAAAGUGUAUCUUGUCAGCAAGAUGCUAAGGCACCGGCACCUCACCAUGAACAUUUUCAGUUCAAAGAGUUGUAUGAAAAUCCAUGGACAAUACCCAACUUUCUGUGUAUGGCCAGGAUUGUGCUGGCCCCAGUUUUGGGUUACUUGAUAAUUGAGCGGUACUUUCACUUAUCACUUGGCCUUUUCGUUUUAGCUGGAGCUACUGAUCUGUUGGAUGGCUGGAUCGCACGCAAUUGGCCUAGUCAGAAGUCUGCUUUGGGUAGUGCUCUGGACCCUCUGGCUGACAAGAUCCUCAUCAGUGCGCUCUAUGUCAGCCUGACCUAUGCCAACCUCAUCCCAGCCCCCCUUACUGCUCUGAUCAUCUCCAGGGAUGUUGCCCUGAUAGCUGCUGUUUUCUAUGUCCGCUACAAGACUGUGCCACCCCCAGUAACUCUAAGCAAGUUCUUCAACCCAUGCUACACCACAGCCCAGUUAAAGCCAACUUCCAUAAGCAAGGUGAACACUGCGAUUCAGCUGUUUUUGGUGGCAGUGUCUCUGGCUUCCCCAGUCUUUCACUACACAGACAGUAUGCUGCUUCAGUCUCUGUGGUACAUCACCGCUUUGACAACUACAGCAUCUGGUUACAGCUACUACCAUUAUGGUAGAAAAACUGUUAAAAUAUUGAAUAACAGAAAGUAAUUGUAUUGUCAUGGAGACAACUUUUAAGCAACAGCAGCUGGAAAAACAUUUGGAUAACCAGGCUGAGAAAGUACUUGGAAGAGAAGACGCCUUUGUCUUUCACCCUUGAAGAUCCCUGUAGGUCUUUUUAUAGUCCAAAUUGAUCUGCUUACUGCAGAAAAUGUAAUCAUUUUGUCAGUGUGACAUCUAGAAACUGUCAAUCUGACUUGAAUAAUGCACGGUCUGCUGCUCAUUUUAAAAAUGUUGUUGUUUGGAUCACCAAUGGAAAUGUUUUCUGAUUAAAAAAAAAACUGACGAAAAAUUAACACAAAUUAUGUCUUGCUUAAAACUGUCAUUGACCUGUUUAUGUACACCAUGCAGUCAAUGGUACGAAAACAAAUUGUGUAAUGGAAUUCUUGGAGUCAUUCAUUUAGGAAGGCAGCAUGAGAACAAUGACAAUGAAAAUCUGAUCUCAGGAACACUGAACUUCAAGACGACCUAUUCAAAGAAAGGAAUAUAUAAUUUUGGGUAAUAAAAGAUGAAAACCCAUAAA